AUGGUGAGCCCGCCCAAAGACGAUAAGAAGAAGAAGGACGCGGGCAAGUCCGCCAAAAAGGACAAGGACCCGGUCAACAAGUCUGGCGGCAAAGCCAAGAAGAAGAAGUGGUCCAAGGGGAAAGUGAGAGACAAGUUGAACAAUCUUGUCCUGUUUGACAAGGCCACCUAUGACAAACUGUGCAAAGAAGUGCCCAACUACAAGCUCAUCACACCUGCAGUUGUCUCAGAGAGGCUGAAGAUUCGGGGCUCCCUGGCUCGGGCUGCUCUCCAGGAGCUCCUCAGCAAAGGUUUGAUCAAACUGGUGUCCAAGCACCGAGCCCAAGUGAUCUACACCAGGAACACGAAAGGCGGGGAUGCGCCUGCAGCCGGGGAGGACGCGUAG